GUAUAUUGUACUUUAUAAAAUUACAUAAGGCGGAAACCGCACUCGUUAAAUAUUCUGUUUACCGCAUAGCUAUUUUCAAGAAUGCGCAUCAUUUAUCUGUCAAAACGACCGUGUCGAUUUUGGACAAAGGUUUGGAGUCGCAAUAUCUGUUUUUCCCGUAAAAUGUCUGCAAAUUCACCUCCCGGAAAAAGUGACGAUGAUGGCACUCUGGACGGAGCCGUCCCGCCAAUACCGAUACCGAUUCGAGACUUGGAAGUAGAUUCAAUUCGUAGAUUUUUAGCUUCGAAGCUCGGUUUCUAUGAACCCCCAGAUCUUUCCGACUCAAUUGACAAGGUUUUAGAUGAAGUAACUCUUGAUGGCGUUGCAAAAUGGAUAAAAAACGUAAGAUGCCGAAAUAUUAUAACUUUAGCUGGAGCUGGAAUAUCAACAUCUGCCGGUAUACCUGAUUUUCGAAGUCCACACACAGGAUUGUAUCACAAUUUGCAGAAAUAUAACUUACCUGAGCCACAGGCCAUUUUUGAAAUUAACUUUUUUCGACAAAACCCAAAGCCAUUCUUUACAUUGGCUAAAGAACUGUUUCCUGGAAAAUUCAAACCAACAAUAUCUCAUUAUUUCAUAAGACUUUUACAUGAAAAAGGUCUUCUACUCCGCCACUAUACACAAAACAUUGAUACACUAGAGAGAGGGGCUGGUCUACCCGAGGAUAAAAUAGUCGAGGCACAUGGCACUUUCUAUACAUCACAUUGCUUGGAAUGUCGUAAAGAAUAUUCUUUACAAUUUAUCAAGGAUAUAAUAUUUGCAGACCAGAUUCCGAUAUGCACUGAAUGCCCUGGUAUUGUAAAGCCAGAUAUUGUCUUUUUCGGCGAAAGUCUGCCGGAACGUUUUCAACACUGCUUGCAGGAAGAUUUUCAAAAGUGUGACAUGCUAAUUAUAUUAGGUUCCUCUCUAGAAGUGCAGCCAUUUGCAUCAUUGAUUGACAUGGUACCAGAUUGUUGUCCAAGGCUCCUUAUAAAUCGUGAGAAGGCAGGUGUAAAGUCUCCUCUACUACGGCUUUGGGGACUUAUGAGUGAAGGUCUACAGCUGGAUGGAACCUCUAUUCGAGAUGUUGCAAGACUUGGUGACUGUGAUGAGGGUUGUAUGGAGCUAGCAGAUAAGCUUGGAUGGGGAGAUGAGCUUAGAGCACUGGUUGCUAGGGAACAUGAACGUCUGGAUCGUGAAGGAAACUUGGCAAAACCUCAUGCUCCUGUACCCGUUGCUAAUGAAGCUAUUGCUGAACACCACACUGUGCCUACUGAGCCUAAGCUCUGAACAUAUUAAUGGUUAGACACUCGCUACUGCAUUAUUUAGGCAAUAAAUUUAUAAUUAUAUUCCAAUAUAGUGUUGUCACAAUAGAAAAUCGUUUUUUGUUAAAAAAACUUUUUUGAACUUUAUUUAUUAUGUUAAUUGUGUCCCUUGUCAAAAACUUAUCUACUCUAGUUUAUAUUUGUGGCAACUCUAUAUUAAAAUGUAUAAUACCUAAAGAUUUAUAAGCAAUUCCAUUAAAUAAGCUUCCAAAUAUCUUUAAAAUUUCUAUAACAAUUUUCAGUGAUAGUAUAUAGUCUAUUCAGGUAACAGGAGGAGUAAAGAUAAACAAACCUCGAAUAUACUCCAUGCGAUUAUAUAUGUUAUAUAUCAUGCUAUGAUAUUCCAUGCGAUUUGCAGAUAACUUUGCUAUAUAUUGUACUACAAGAAAAACUAAAUAAAUAUGCCUUUAUUUAUAAUUAAAUUAUAUUAUAACACAAUUUCUCUUAACUACGUAAAACUUUAAUUUUACAUCCAAACUUCGCCAUUAUUGGCGAAUUAUUAAAUUAAAUUAAAGAAUGAAUUUAUUAUUUUUAUUUAUGACGUUUUUUUUUUUUGAAAUGACAUAAAUAACUUUGAUUAAAUGCACCUCGGCUAUAGAGGUUUAUAAAAUGAGUAAAGAAGUAAUAAAUUUUAUUAAGAAUUAAGCAUAUUUGAUUUUUAUCUAUACUGCAUGAAAUGUUUAUAGCGUAAUACAUAUGUCUAUUAUUUUACGCGGCACGCGCCAGUAAGCUUUCAGCCGGAAUGAUUUUUUUCUGACAUCAAAUUUCAGCCAAUUUAAACAAAACCUUAUUGAAUUAUAAACCUAACGCUUCCUCGCUUCGUCGUUCGUUAGUUUUUUGUUUAUCGCGUUCAGACAAACAGACUGACAAACGGAACGGGACUUUGUUUUAUAAUAUGUAGUGAUGUUACUGAUAUUUUUGAAUAUAUCUCCUAAUUCAUUUAUAAAAUGAUAUAAUCGCGAAAAAUAGUACUGUACGGCUUAAAAUUAAAAAUUUAUAAAAAAAAAAUCUUUUUUUAAACAGCAACACUGUUCACAAAUAGGGUGGGGGUGUGUCAAUUCAAAAUCAAAGUUUAUUUAAUUUUUCUCCUCCAUUGAUUACUAUAGACAAUAUAGACUAUAGGUGCCUAGUUCUAAUUUAAUUAAUUUAUUUUUUUAAUUAAGGAGUUUAUAUAUUUAUUUUCGUAAUUCUUAAUGUCCUAUAGACAAACUAUACAUUGAUUACCGUUAAGAAAUUGAAUUAGUCAAUUAAAAACAAACUUUGUGCUCUUAGUGUUGUUGUUAAUGGAUAAAUGUAAGCGCUGUUAUAAAGUUGUAAGCAUAAGCAAAUGUUAUUAAGAAUCUACUUUGAGACUUUAUUCUGAUGAAAUAUUAAACAGUGUUCAAUUUACAAUUUAUUGGUAAUUAUCAGUUGGUAAUUCAUGUAUAUAAAUAUGGUUACUGUCUUAUAAAUCUUUUAGGUUAGAUUCAUUGUUUAUUCAAACUUUUAAAUCUACAGAAAUGUGUUAUCUCUGCCUUUGGUUUAUCUUCCUUUUAUUUUGAUUGAGCUUAGUAAUUUGAAGCACCCACAUGUUUAUAUUUCUAGGCAGAUUAGGUUUUAUUAUGCACUACUGAAAUUGUGUUUUCCUAUAAAUUAAAUGCUUUGUUUACAAUUUGUCUUCAGUUUAUAUAUAUUGAUGCCGAUUUUUACAGACACAAUACCUUGGAUAAAUUCAGUAACAGUCUGUUAAGGUCCCACUGCUGGACUAAGGCCUCCUCUCCCUUUUUGGGGAGAGGGUUUGGAGCUUAUUCCACCACGCUGCUCCAAUGCGGGUUGGUGGAAUACACAUGUGGCAGAAUGUUCGAUGAAAUUAGACACAUGCAGGUUUCCUCACGAUGUUUUCCUUCACCGAAAAGCACGAGAUGAAUUAUAAACAGAAAUUAAGCACAUGAAAAUUCAGAGGUGCUUGCCCGGGUUUGAACCUACUUUCAUCGGUUAAGAUUCACGCGUUCUUACCACUGGGCCAUCUCGACUUUAUAGAUAAAUUUAUUAUUACCACCACCAAAAGUGUUUGAGUUUAGUAGAACUGGUCAAAAAAUUCAGUUGGAAGAUUUGACAUGUGAUAUUUAUUUAUUUAAAAAACCUUGUAAAACUUUUCAAUUUAACUCUUCUGAAAGAGAUAGUGACAUUACUGUUGUAAAUUGAUUUAGGCAUUGUGUACAUAAGAAUCAGCAGCAUUAUCUAGUCAUAACAUCUCCUAAUAAAAAUCAAAUUAAAAACAAGAAUAUUGCAUUAUAAAAGAAAUAUUGAAACAUUUUCAUAUACAGACAUACAUAAAUAUCUGAUUUAAAGUUAGUCUAUAGGAUUAUUGUAUAGAAUAAGUUUACAUAUGGCAAUACAUUUGACUUAAUAAUGUAGUUACUAUAGAAAAUAUAGUCCAUUUAAAAUAUGUUUUCUUACCAUAUUUUAAAAUUGUCUCAGGGUCGCUAACUCUGAAUAUUAAUCUGGACACUAAACUAUCUUAAUCUGCCAAAUUACAACUUGCCUUGACCUUAAAUCAGAACCUACCCAAUGACUGGACUAAAAAUAUAUUUUUUUUUUUAUUUAUAAUUUCAGACUCUUCUUUUUUGACAUGACAUAAAAAUACAAUUAUGAGCUAUAAGCUAAUACUAACUUUUUCAGACAUAAAUUAAAUAAAUAUAACAAUAUCCCAUACGUUACUUUGUUCCCUAAUUUAAUAUUUAAAUCUUACACAUAAUAAUAAAUAAAAUUAUACAUUAAAUACUUUGCUGUUCUUGAUAAACUAUAUUAUUUGUUUGAAUGUAUAGAUUAUUAGUAAGAAAUAUUUAUAUGUAUACAUCACAAGGUUUAUUUACUAUAAGCAUAAACAAAAGUUUAAAAAGUAACUAAAAAACAGAAAGCAUGUUUCAAAAUUCUGUGUUCCAUUUUCAAUUGUCAAUAUUAUACACUUGUUGAAAUACAAUUUAUAAUAUUAAUAAAAAAUAUUACAUUUGUUAAACUAGAACAUAACAGAAUAUGAUAUUGUUCUGUAUUCUGCUUAAUUUAUCUUAUAACUCCUAUAUGCUACGCGUAGUAGUAUCUGUGUAGCUGUUAUAUUUAGAACAGCAGUAAAAUCUACUUUUGACUGACAAUUAAAAGUACUUUUUACAUAUAUAUAUAUAUAUAUAUAUAUAUAUAUAUAUAUAUAUAUGUGUGUGUGUACUAAUUCAUUUGGGCUUAUGUAUAUUCUAUUCCAAUCAAAGACAAAGAACAAACCUUAGAUUUACAUAUUACAUUCGAUUCUAUAAAAACUGCGAUAUGCUAUAUUAUGUUAUAUACAAUUAUUUCUUUAUAAUACAACACUUAUAAUACAAUUUAAUUUUACUUCCAAAACGAGAUUUUUUUCUCGAAUCCAAAGUUAAAAAACAUUAUUCAAGAUCUCUAUAUGCUACGCGUAGUAGUAUCUGUGUAGCUGUUAUAUUUAGAACAGCAGUAAAAUCUACUUUUGACUGACAAUUAAAAGUACUUUUUACAUAUAUAUAUAUAUAUAUACAUAUAUAUAUAUGGGUGUAUACUAAUUCAUUUGGGCUUAUGUAUAUUCUAUUCCAAUCAAAGACAAAGAACACACCUUAGAUUUACAUAUUACAUUCGAUUCUAUAAAAACUGCGAUAUGCUAUAUUAUGUUAUAUACAAUUAUUUCUUUAUAAUACAACACUUAUAAUAUUUAAUUUUACUUCGAAAACGAGAUUUUUUUCUCGAAUCCAAAGUUAAAAAACAUUAUUCAAGAUCUCGAAAAAAUGGCAUCCUAUCAAUUCAAUGUGAAAAUUGUUUGUUGUUAUUUGUUUUUACUCAUGAGGUUGGAAUAAGAUAUAUUGUAUGAAGUAACAUAGACCACACAUUCUUGUUGUUCCCAUUACUCACUGUGUACGCUUACAGUAUAAACAUAACUUCAUCUAAAUUGUAAAUAAAGUUGAUAUGAAUUAACCAUGUGCGGUUUUGGCAAGUAAAUAGCUCUAUAUGUAUAAAAGCCUUUUAACUGCGUAAAGUUCAUAAAAUGUUGUAUGUCAUGAUUAUAAGACAUUUGUAAUAUCUUUUUUUUUUAGUCAUUAUUUAAUCGUGUAUAACUGAUGCAAUUUUUAAUACUCAUUUAAAUACCAUAGAUAGACAAAUGAAAGAAAUGCCUUGUGUAAACAAUGUAGAAUUUGUAUAUGAACUGUAUAAGCAAUAAUUAAUCUGUGUUAAAUAAUAUGAAGAAAUUGCUAUUUUUUGGUAUCUGUAACGAGUUAUAGUGAAAAGAUUAUAUAAAACUCCAUUUUAUGUAGAGCAGUUCUUAAGAUAGCUUAGUGGCUUCCAAACUAGGGUACUGCCCAUCCGGCCUGGUAGACUAGAGGGUACAAAAAUUUGUGAAGUCUUGGCCCUUAAAAUUAUGUGGAAGAGUCAGCCCGACCCUUGCACUAAAUAGCUUGUGCUAGAAUAGAUUAUAAUAAUAAAAAAAAAUGGUAUUUAAUGGGGUGUGAAAUUAUUUAUUGUUUUAUUAAAUACAACUAAUUAAAAAAUCUUUUUGAUUUAACUGUUCAUUUGUAACUAUAACUGAAUAUUUUUAUUGUAUCUGUAUAUAUUUUAUAUUGUUUAUUAAAAUAAAUUAGAAAUGAAAUGUAAUUUACAAUAAAUUUGUUCCUUUUUA